CAUCGACUGGCAUUUGCCGUAAUUGGGACAAGCGGCUGCUUUGUCGUAUGAACAUACACCUCGGGUGCCGUCGUGGCUCAUCGCUGCUGGCGACCAUUGGAAAGCGUCAUGCUGAGUUACAUGUCCAGCACCGGACGCGGAGACUUGAAGAUGAUUCAGUGGCCACGCGACAUAAUCAUCAAGUGUUCAACAAAAUAUUUCAUUCGCGAAAUCAUAAGGCAUUGAGUCUUGAGGAACAGAGAGCAAUGAUCGGUCAAUAUUUCGCUGCGGCCAUUUCUGUCUUCCCCGAAUCACAACCCGCGUGCGAUGGCGUGCAGCCACGUUCACACCACACAGUACACGAACGAGGCUCUUGAGACGAUCCGGAACCGUCCAAUGAAAUGGAAUGUCACUCGAUGCAAAGAAGAGCUUCGUCCAGGAAAACGUAUCAAAGGUGUGGUCACAGCCCAGACCUACACGCUUGCCACUGCUCUUCGUUAGACGCGGCCAACACCACAUGCACAAUGUCAGCUUCCAUAAUGGUCAAGUCUGUCUCCUGGGACCAUCCGGACGCGGUACGCCUUCGCGAUGCACAGCAAAUAGAAAUCGGCGAUGUCAAGCCGCCCCUGGUCGGAGCUCCAUCCACAGCUGCGAAUGUGCCGGUGUUUGUGGUUGCGUACAAGGGCGACGAAGCCGUGGGGUGCGGAGGCCUCAGAUUGCUCACUGAGGAGGGCCUAGAGGGCCACGCGGACAUCAAGCGCAUGUACGUUGUGCCUUCGGUGCGUGGCGCGGGAGGAUCGGUGGCAAGAAUGAUCUUGGAAGCAAUGGAGCAGGCGGCGCGAGAGAAGGGAUGGGUGGCGCUUCGAGCGGGGACGAGCAAAUCGAUGGUCCACGCAAGAGCAUUCUAUGAGCGGUUCGGCUAUGAACGGUGGGGGGAGACGCAGCACGAGGUCAUCAGUGUGAAGCGUCUAUAGGGCCGAUGCGCGUCGCUGGACGGGCGAGGCAGACGGCGGGAUUCCGGCAGAUGGAGCGUGCGAAAUGCACAUAGUGUUAGAUGGAUCCGGCUCUCAGAUGCGGUGCGGCGAUUGUAGGCCGAGCCUCAUCGGCGCGCCUCGACGCGUAC